GGGUCACUAUGGACUAACACACAUCCCCAUAGCAUACAGCGUUUGCUCCACCAUAUUCAAUUCAUUCUUCACCAGAACCCAAAUCAUAGAACCACCUCCCCAGUUUCUCAAUCAUUUGGGUAUUUUCUCAUUCAUAGAUUUCAAAUAUAGGUUAUCUUUAUAGCUAAAAUUCUUCAUCAUUUUGUUGUAGAAUAUAAAAGACAUGGCUUUGGAUUUUGAAUCAUUAACUGAGGCAACAUCAGGAGCCGUUGGAGCUCUUGUUAGUACCACUGUUUUGUACCCUUUAGACACUUGUAAAACCAAGUAUCAAGCUGAAGCUCGUUCUCAUCAUCAGCAAAGAUACAGGAACCUUUCAGAUGUCCUAUGGGAAGCUAUACGUCAUGGUCAAGUUCUAUCAUUGUAUCAGGGUUUAGGAACAAAGAAUUUGCAAUCUGUUAUACAACAGUUUGUUUAUUUUUAUGGGUACAGCUUUCUAAAGAGGCUUUACCUGAAGAAAAGUAAUUUUAAGUCGAUGGGAACAAAAGCAAACUUGAUUGUCGCUGCUGCUGCAGGCGCUUGCACUGUCCUCAUUACGCAGCCUCUGGAUACAGCGUCAUCCAAGAUGCAAACUAGUGAGUUUGGGAAGUCAAAAGGGCUCUGGAAGACCCUUACAGAAGGUAAGUGGAGUGAUGCCUUUGAUGGCCUUGGCAUCUCUCUUCUCUUGACGGCAAAUCCAUCUAUCCAGUACACCGUUUUUGAUCAGCUCAAAAACAGGCUCCUGAAAACUAAUGCCAGAAGCUCUGAGUCCUCCCCGCAAGCUCUCUCUGCUUCCACUGCCUUUUUGUUGGGAGCUCUCUCCAAGACUAUUGCCACCUGCUUGACAUAUCCAGCUAUUAGGUGUAAGGUUGUGAUUCAGGCAGCAGAAAGAGAGGAAGAAAAGCUCACAGGAACACAAAAGAAAGCCCAUAAAACUAUGUCAAGAGUAUUCUGCAACAUCUGGAAAAACGAAGGAAUACUAGGAUUUUUUAAGGGUCUACAUGCCCAGAUUUUGAAGACUGUUCUGAGCUCUGCCUUGCUUCUGAUGAUAAAGGAGAAGAUCACAAAGAGUACUUGGGUCAUGAUGCUUGCUCUUAGAAAGUACCUAUUGACAACCAAUACAAGAUUGAAAAGUGCAUGAGUUCUUUGUGCAUUCGUUUGAGUUAUUUCGGCGGAUGUAUCGUGUAUAUAACCAAGAGCUGCCAGACUCGGAAAGAUGUGUCAAUAAUUCAAUAAGAGAUUGAUGUAGGGUGAAUGGCCCUUCAACCGGUUUUACUGGCAGCAUAAAUUGUUUGUUUAUCCUGUAUUUUAUUUUAUUUUUGUUAUCCUAAGGUCAAAAUAAAUAGGAAGAAUAUCCUUUUUUUGCCCUAUGAAACAUCUUUUCACCGUGUCUGUACCUGCAACCAGAACAGUUAAUUUAUGGUUUCUUUAGUAUUUGGUAGUAUGAUAAGAUGUACCAUUCAAGUGCAAAAUAUGGAGCCUUGGAAUGUUUAUUAUUUAUGCUGGCAUAAUGGUAAUAUUUUGCUUUAUUUUUGUUAUC